AUGCCGGCGUCACAAAUUUGGAGUGCUCAGUUGUGUCGAGCAGCUGUACGUGCAUCAAGAGGUACAGCUCCCGCGGCCAGGCACUUCUCGGCAUCGUGUCAACGAAGACAACAGACUACGGCGUCUUCCUCGGCGCAGAUAGAAGAUAAUCGCAAAGAUGAUACCGCACAUGAGGAGGAGAAGGAAGAAGGGGCCAUGGCCCGCCGCUUAUCACAGAUGACCGAGGAUGCGAUCCUCGAAGGUGGACGGUCAGCGCAGCGCAACAUUGAGCAUGCGGGGUUCUCAGAGGAACUGAAAAGACAACUGGAAGAACGAGUCAAAGCAGCUUCUUUCAAGAGUGAAUAUGCAGCGGCACAUUCGGUUCUCAAUAUGCCGGCCAGCGCGGGCCAAGGAACACGCGAGACAGCUAUAGCCCCAGGAUGGACAGGCACAGAAAGCUUCCAAGACACAGCCCUUCGCAUGCUCGACGACGCUAGCAAACCAAUCCGAACACCAUACAAGAUCCCCCAACCCGUGAAUCUCCAACCCACCCCCAAACCCAAGCACUCAACCGGCUCCCGCCUCGCCUCCGCCAAAGAUCGCACGUCUAAAUACGCAUUAAGCCAAGACCCCGGGCUCUCCGAAGACCAACGUGCAGCUAUGCGGCGAGAAAUGAGAGAAAAGUUAAUGCCUGGCGCACACGCCAUGCCCAUAUCCAUCCAGGGCCUAUCAUCACUCGCGAACGAGCGGAUCGAAGACGCCAUUGCGCGAGGACAAUUUGAUAAAAUCAAGCGUGGGAAGGGCGUUAAUACCGAGACGGAUCAUAAUGCGAAUAGUGCGUUCAUCGAUACGACGGAGUACUUUAUGAACAAGAUUAUUCAGAAGCAGGAGAUUGUGCCGCCGUGGAUCGAGAAGCAGCAGGAACUUGCAUCCGAGUUGAGCCGGUUUCGACAGCGGAUACGUACCGAGUGGAGGAGACAUGCUGCGAUGUUGAUUGCCAGCCAGGGCGGGUCCUUGGAAGCGCAGAUGCAGCGGGCUAUGGGGUAUGCUGCGGCUGAGGCGCGCUUAGUUGAGAAAGCGAAGAUGGAAGCUGCACUUCGGGAUAAUCAGAGUGAAGAUGUGGUUUCUGAGAUUGCAUCUGAUGGACGGAUUGUGUCGAAGCCUGCAUCGACUGAGGCUUCGACUGAUUCUACUAAUGAAGAGGUGGAGGAUAUUCUUCAUCUUCCACCACUGCGCGAUGACAAUUACAUGGCCAUUGAACGCUCCUACCACGAGCUUGCUGUAAAACAACUCAACACCAUUGCCCGCUCAUACAAUCUCCAAGCGCCGCGCUCCGCUCAGAAACCAUAUGUCAAUCUCGACCGCGAGCUCAGGUCCUGCUAUGCCGAUAUUGCUCCACAACUGGCGGAGGAGAUACGACGACGCGCAACAGAGCGUGCACGCCCUUCGGUAUCUGUGCCUGCUCCAAGGUCGAGUGUGUUGGGGUCACUAGGCCCGUCACAGUCAGCGCAUGUCUACGAGGAGGAUAAAGACAAGGUUUAUGGAAUGAAGGAACUCUGGAGAGAUUUAUUCUCUAACAAGGGAUAA